AUGUUGUUCAGACAAAUCGCUCUCUUUUCUGGUGUUUCUGCUGCAGCCUCCGUCACCGGCUGCCAUUUCCACGGCUCCGACUACUUCUGCAACGAUGAAGAUGGAAACCACGGUUUGGUAACCCCGGCUCCAUCCGCCACCGCAGAUGCUCCUUCGUCUUACACUUCGUGUCACUCCCACGGCACUGACACCUUCUGUAUGGUUGGAAGCGACGAGGUCCAGUUUGUCGCAGAAACUGCCACUGGUUCGGAGGCCCUGGGCUCUGCUGCUGCCCACGACCACGACCACGACGACGAUGACCACGACCAUGAUCACGAAGAUGAGGACGACCACGACCACUCCCACGGUUCUAGCUCUGGCGACGACGACGAGAUCACCGGAUGCCACUACCACGGCUCCGACUUGUUCUGUAACGACGCUGACGGAAACCACGGCUCCAUCACCCCAGCUCCUUCUGCCACUGGUGACGCCCAGCUGAGCUACACUGGCUGCCACGCCCACGGCACUGCUACGUUCUGCUUCGACGCUGCUUCUUCCGAGGUUCAAUUCGUGCCUGACUCCAACGGCCACUCCCAUGCUCACGCUGGAAGCAACGUUUCCAACCACUCUAACACUACAACCACCACCGGCACUGGAACCGGCACUGCCACCGGUACUGGUACCGGAACUGCUACUGGCACCGGUGCUACUACCACGUCCGACAAUGGCGCCGUCAAGGCUGGUGCUUUCGGCGCUGCUGGUGCUGCUCUUCUCCUCGCUGGUUUGUUCUAA